GAGGAGCUGCGGCCUCGGCUGUGCUGCAUGAAGAAGGGCCCCAAUGGCUAUGGCUUCAACCUGCACAGUGACAAGAGCCGCCCGGGACAGUACGUGCGUGCCGUCGACCCCGACUCGCCAGCUGAGGUGGUGGGGCUGGCCCCCCAGGACCGCAUCAUCGAGGUGAACGGGGUGUGCAUGGAGGGCAAGCAGCACGCCGAUGUGGUGGCAGCCAUCAAGGCGGGUGGCGAUGAGACCAGGCUGCUGGUGGUGGACGUCCUCACGGAUGAGUUCUUCAAGAAGUGCAAGGUGGUGCCCUCUGAGGAGCACCUGGCAGGUCCCUUGCCAGAACCAGUUGCCAAUGGCGAUAUAGGAAAGGAAAACGGUGGAGAGCCGCGGUCCAACUUGGUAUCCGAGAGCCCGUCCAGCCCUGGGGUGCUGGCUGUGUCCCCUGACUCCAGCGAGACCCUCAGUGAGCCCAACGCACAGGAGGGUGACAAGCGCCAUUCGGCAUCUGGCUCCCUCCUGGACCUCGACAUCCCACUGGCAGUGGCCAAGGAGCGGGCGCACCAGAAGCGCACCAGCAAGCGAGCCCCCCAGAUGGACUGGCGCAAG